AUGUCUCAACUAACAUUGCUUAUCUCUCUGUCAUCCUUCUUCAUUGCCCACCUAUUCGUUUCAGGUGUUGUUUCAACAACUUUUAAAAUAGAAAACAAGUGUGACUACACAGUAUGGCCAGGCAUUCUCUCAAGCGCAGACGCACCAGCUCUCUCCACAACUGGCUUUUCCCUUCAAAAGGGGGAGUCAAAAACCAUAACAGCACCAGCUUCUUGGGGUGGACGUUUAUGGGGUCGGACAUAUUGCUCUGAAGACUCCGCAGGAAAAUUCUCCUGCGUUACAGGUGAUUGUGGCUCUGGAAAACUAGAAUGUUCAGGCAGUGGUGCAGCUCCUCCUGCUACGUUAGCAGAGUUCAAGCUCGACGGCUAUGGUGGGAUGGAUUAUUUUGACGUUAGUCUUGUUGAUGGGUACAACUUGCCAUUGCUUGUUGUCCCUCAAGGUGGUUCUGGUCAGAAUUGUACAAGCACAGGAUGCGUGGUGGAUUUGAACGGCGCGUGCCCUUCAGAACUUAAGGUUACUAGUACGGACGGCAAUAGCGUGGCCUGUAAAAGCGCGUGUGAAGCUUUUGGGUCUCCGCAGUAUUGUUGCAAUGGCGCGUAUGGUACACCUGAUACUUGCAAGCCUUCUUCUUAUUCUGAGAUUUUUAAGAACGCUUGUCCGCAUGCUUACAGCUAUGCUUACGAUGAUAAGACUAGCACCUUCACUUGUGCCUCCGCUGAUUACCAAAUUACCUUCUGCCCCUCGCCUACCACCAGCCAAAAAGCAUCACAAGGGCAGAACACCGAAAAUACAAACACAAGCAGCAAUACACCACUCAUCAACAGCACAAUGGUGUAUGAAGGUGCGUUGAACCAAAAUGGAGCAUCACCAUCCAUGAAGGGCAAUGUGUUAGGAUCACAUGUUAUUGCCGGCAUUGUCAGCUUCACAGUCGCAAUUUGGCAGUUGGGCCAGCUCUUCUAA